CUGCAAAGUUUAAAUCCUCUUAAAAACAAAGAAAGAAACGAGCAAGUAAAUGUACAGAAAUACGCUUAGGAAACUAAAUUGCUAUAUCGAUCUCUACCAUGAUGUGCAAAUGGGCAAUGUGUUCUAAAAAAAAAGUUGGAAGACAGUGCUUCGUUUGUUUGCCAAAGCUGCUCUCUUAAGCUGUAUCCACUCGUUGCGGAACUAUUCGGAAUUACCCCAAUGACUUAAUACCGCAGCGUUCUUUCUUUCCAAUCUUCUCAGAUCCUCUUUGCCGUGAAAUUAACAUGCCCUCCUUUGUCAAGAAUGGUGGGCCACGUGUGACCAGGUCGGCCACCUCUUCCGUGAAGAGCCCUGUCAAACCAACCGCAAUAGUCUCACCCAGAACCAAGCGAAAACUAAUACCCUUACUGCUGUCCUCACCAGCAGUAGAAGAUGAGUCAGUGUUGGAGAGACCGAAGAAGCGACCGAAGGUGGUGAUAACGAUAGUAGCAAAAGCAAAAAAGGAACAGCAGGAGAGCAAAUUGAUGUCUUGUAACAACAAAAAUUAUGAGAACGAUUCUUCUCCGGCAGAAAGUGAUAUUAAGAGUAGGAAACGACGCGUCUGUCCCCAUUGUGAUCGUACGUUCACUCGAACUGGUGAUUUGACACGACAUAUAAGAAUACACACCGGGGAACGACCAUUCAAAUGCCCUUUCGAAGACUGCAAGAGUGAUUUCAUCUCAUCAGGAGAUCUGCACAGACACGUCCGCCGCCACAAUCGAAUGCUGAACUUGGUGGAGGUCCUCAAACCUCACGUUUGCUCCAAGUGUGGAAAAAAAUUCGAACGUAGAUUUCAGCUGAACAGACACAGUUCCAUGCACGCCAAGGACGAUCCAUAUUUUGAGGGCUUCAACUGUGAAUUAUGUGGCAAAGUGUUCACUAGAAAGGACCAAUGGCGCGCUCAUUUUCUCCGACACAUCGAUUAUAAGCCACACAAAUGCGAACACUGCAACAAGUGUUUCUCGGAUCGGAGCAACUAUGCGAAGCAUCUCAAAUUGCACCAACUAGAUGGGGUGACACUUUACUGUCAUUUUUGUAACAGACCUUUCGAUACCAAACUGAGUAUUUCAAGACACUUAGUUCACUGCAAAUAUAAAACGGGAAGCACGUGAAAGAACUGAACAAUUUUAUGGCUUAGAAAUCAGCGAGUAACCCAGAGAAACAAAAAUAGCGGAAGCAAUAAGAUUAGAAGUGUAUUUGUUACACGGGACCAACUCUUGGAAUGGUCGACUAUUGUAUUCAAGCGCGGGUGUUGACUAUUUUAUGUAUAGAAUAGCCACAAUAGCGCAACCGAUGAGACCUUCGUUUCUCAGUACAAAACAUUGAUAAAAAUUCUUGCUUGGUGCACUUUGGAUACUAUCGGAAUUAAACAAUAAAACGAAUAUUGGCAUCUGUUCUUUAAUGUCAUACUUAAUACAAUCCAAGGUAAUUCACAUUUACAGGGAAAAAAUGCGAAUAUAUACAAUAUAUACUGUUGUGGAUCCUUACACCAUACUUACCUUACCCUAGAAUGAAAAGAAAAAAACCUUACCUUUAUUGGCGAUCUAACGUACAAAUCUACACCUAGGCGGCGCUGCGGUGAAAGUGAUGAUGGUUUUAAAUUUUGCCAUGUGAGCUUAUGGAAGGUUUGUAGUUCUUUCCAUAAAUUACAAUGUUAUAAUCAUAAAAGAUUAUUUGAUUGCGAUGUGUUUGUAAAAAAUUUAAUUCUGCGCAAUUUUAUAUAUAUAACAUGUUAUUUAUUUACCUCUUUCAGUAGUGAAAACUAUAAAAAUGUUGACAAUGGUUGAAUUAAAGAAGGAAAUUCGAGAGCACAAUCAAACACAAGUAGAAAAAUGCACGAUUCCUGCAUAUGAGAACUACCUUGGAAAGCCCGGAAGUAAAAUAUACGUGAUUUGUUUUUGAGUUUUAGGUUACAUUAGCAUCAUUUUCUUAGUUCAAAAACAAAAUCCAUAUGUCUCACCGAUCGUUUUCGUUUUGCGUUAGAUCGCCAAUUAAAACCUAAGAUAAGAUCAGACAAUAGGGGGUCUUUUGCGGACCAAAUUUCUGUCAGUCGUUCUGAUUUCUGAUUUCUGUUCGUUCUGAUUUUGUAAACAAAGCCGAAUUUUUCAGUGUUGCCAAUGGAAAUAAAUAGCGUUAGAUCUGUAUUGAAUUUAGAAAUGGUGAAUUUGAUGAAUAUUACGAUAUUUAGCUUAAAGAAAAUGUGAAGGAAUUAUAUGCAAGUUUAUGUAUGUGUUUUUUCACAAUGGAGUAAAGUGAACGGCAAAACACUCAUUUAUCAAUUUAGCUUCGUUAGGUCCGUAAUGCGAUUUCAUAUUUCGGAAUAUAAUUUCCAUUGCUAAGAAGAAAUGGAAAGUCUCAUCAUUCACUUUGCAGAUGGCAGAGUUGUUAGCUCUAGGUCGUAAAUAUGAAAAAUAUGGUUGAUACUAUCAAAUAUGCAAAAUCAUUAAAUUUGCACCAACCAAAUGUUACGAUUCAUAAAAACAGAAAUUUAAGAAAUCCGAAAUUUUAUAAUAUUUGGCAACUCUGGUAUCAUCAUGUCAUGGCUUCGUUUUUGUACGAGGAAGAAGAGUAAGAAGCCAGUUGUCUCAUCUUGUCGUAGAUUAAAACCUAGAAUGAAAACAACACGAAAUCAAUAUAAAAAUGUACUUACCUUAACUAUACACUUACCUUAUACAUUAUGACAGCUGAGAAAGAGAAGAAACAC